AUGUCAAUUAUAAGUUCAUCUCCUUCAAAGGAACCAAAAUGCCAAUGUGGUGUUCCUAUGGGCAAGCUAACUAGCUGGACAAGGGAGAAUCCAGGGAGGAAGUUCAGGGCAUGUAAGUUUUAUGAUCCAAUUGCAGAAACAAGGGGGUGCAAGGCGUUUCAAUGGGUUGAUCAACUUGAUGGAACAGAGUGGCAAACACAAGUUAUUAACAACCUGUUGUUGGACAAGAAGUUGUUGAAGGCUGAAGCUUUAACUGCUGAUAGGAAGAAAAUGAACAGAGAAGUGAAGCAAGGAAAGAGGUCCUCCAUUGGGUGCCUUGUUUCUGUUAGCAUUAUUAUUGUCGUGGCAAUGGUAGUCGGUGGGCUAGGUGUAGUACUUAGGGGUGUUUAG